AUGAUGCAGCGCACGCGCGCCAUAGUGGAGAAAUAUCUGCAGCUGCCCCACACGCUCGUGCUGGCCGUCGUGCCGGCGUCCGAGCGCGUGCGCAACUCUCAAGCCUUUCAAUUGGUGCAGCAGUACAAUCUAAUGGACAAGACCAUUGGCGUGCUGACGAUGGUGGACCGCGCGCUGGAUGACACGAACCCGGACGGACCGCUGGCCGAGGUGAAGAGCCGCCUGGACGGUACGUCGAGUGACAUUGUG